GCUUCGUGUGGGUGCAUCGUUGUGAGCCGCUGCCAGCCUGCCUGCUUUUCCCGUCCGCCGAUCGCCGUCGUCAUUCUACGAGUUUGUCCGUAGUAGAAAGCAUCACGCACACAGGCGCUAGUGCAGCCGCGGCGUUUCCUCUCUCCCACUCUGUUCGGAAUUCGGAUUAUAUCGCUGGCGACUCCAUUUCGUCUUCCCUGCGUUGCUCUCUCGACCCACGCUUUACUCGGCUCUCGACGUUUUCUGCAGGAUCCUUGUUGCUUCUCUUCGAUUCUCUUCUUCUGAGCGUGAGACAUCAUGUCUUUCAACCGUGGAAUCAAGCGGGACUCCUAUGGAGCAAACCGCAAUUUUAACAACAGGAACAUGGGAGGAGGUGGUGGUGGCGGUGGCGGUGGAAGAAUGGGCAACAUGGGCGGCGGAGGCAUGGGCGGAGGAGGUGGUGGUGGUGGCGGCGGCAUGAAUCCAUGGGAAGGUGGAAUGAUGCCUGGACGAGGUAUUCUGCCGACUCCCAACAACAAUCUGUCCCUAGCAUCUCCUCAAGCUCAGCUGGCCAUAGCCAGUAACCUUCUUUCUAAUCUUCUGCGAACCCAGCAAGAUAACCAGCCACAGGUACCGUCGUUGCUCAGCCUGGGAAACAAUUACAGUGGACCUGGGCCUAAUUUCAAUAAUCAGCAAAAUUAUAAUCAAGGCCGGUUUAAUGAUCGUACUGGUCGCCAAAACAUCAAACCUCAGCGACCUCAACCAUACAAUAAUAAGAUGGGCAAUAAUAAUAGAGCCCGAGACGGAAUUGUUGGGCGACGUGGCCCGCAACAAUCUCGUGCACCCCAGUCAGGCAACCAACGCCAGAAUGGAAACCAAAUUCAGCGGAACGAUAAAUCUUCUAAACCUAUUGCUGCCUCUAAGCAAAAUCAGAACGUCAAAAAGGAACAGCUGGAUAAGAGCUCUGAUAAGACCAAUGAAAAAGCAGAAGCGCCUGUCGCUUUAAGUGAAGAGAAUGAGGAAACUGAGGAAUCUAAGAAACGUGAGUGGAAAGAUGAGAAGAAUGAGCUGUCUAACGAAAAGAAUGAAGAUGCUGGAAAGACUGACGACGCUGAUAAGGAUGAUGGGGAUAAAGGUACUGGUAAAAAGUCUGCAGCAAGACAUGCAGAAAGUCGUUAUGCAGAGGUUCCUAUCAGCAAUAUGUUUUGCCAUGUGUGCAAUAAACACAUGUGGGAUGGAUAUUCAUUUGAAAACCAUCUUCGUGGACGUGCUCAUCAAUUAAUGAUGGAUAAGCUUGAUGAAUCAUAUAAACUAAAGGUUGAAUUAAUGAGGCAUGAAUUAAGAGUUGCCGAAGAGCAGCGAGAACUCAGUCUUACUAACUCAAAACGACGCGGCAAAAAACUUUCGGUAGAUUUGAGUGUUAGAGAGUAUUGUACUAUGUGUGAUUUGAACUUCUAUGGUACUCUAUCAAGUCAUCGCAAGAGUGAAAAACAUCAGCAAUUAAAAACGUUUUUGCAUCCACGCUGCUUCCCAUGUGCUAAAGAAUUCCCAUCAAGAAUUGAAUAUGAUGAACAUUGCCUUACACCUACACAUAUGAAAAAUGCUGUUCAAAAUGAAGAGCAAAGAAAGAUCAAGAAAAAGGAAAAACUUGCAAAGGGAGAGUCUGAAAUUCGAAGUGCUGAUGAUGAAGAAAAGGAUGUUGGUACGGAUAUAAUAAAGGGAGACAAAUUAGAUGAUUCUGCAGCAGCAGCAGAUGAUGAUUAUGUUACAGAGAUUCCUGAAGGACAAAUUGACGCUAAAUUGAAAAUUCCAUCAUAUAAACAUUGUAGAACGAAUCAAUUGUCAGUUGGUAGAUCACUUGUAAAGGAAGUUACUGGGUACCAAUGUGAUAAAUGUCGGCGGUUCAUGCUUACAGAAGAAGAUCUGGUUGCUCAUCUUCGUAGCAUUACUCAUUAUCGUAAUUUCAUUCAUGAAAUCAAAACUCUGCAGGCUGCAGCAGAGAGUGCUGCUAAAGCAGAACAAGAGAAAAAAGAGGGAGAUGAUAAAGCUGACACAACAGAAAAUAGUGAACCCGAGUCUAAACGUCCUAAACUUGACGGUCAAGAAAAUGAACAAGAUGAAAAUGUUAACCUCAAUGAAACGGAAGAGAAAAAUGAGAACGAGGAUGAUAAAUAUGAUCCAGCUGAAGCAAAUGGCGAUACUGAUGAAGAAAAUGCUGAAGAUGAAAACCAAGAAGGCUCUAAUGAAAAUGAGUGUGCUGAAAUUUCACUAAAUGAAAAUGAAGAUUUGGAAGUUAGUAAUGAUAACGAGCCUGAAGAGAAAACUGAGACCCCAGAAAAAGCUCCUCAAACACCACGAAGCCAAGCAGCUAAUCGAGGCAAUUAUGGCCCGCGCGCACGUGGAAAUCGUGCACGAAGAUCUCGACGAUAGAAUAUUUUUUUUUUAUAAAAGCAAUAUGAAAUGAGAACUUCAUAAGUAACAUUUGUAUGUCAAUUCUGAAACUGAAUACUUUUUAAGGCCAACCUACCAUGUAUUUGUUGAUUAGCAAAUGAAAAUAAAAUUUGUUCGAUCAAGUCAAGUAUUCAACGGUGAAAUUGCCGUAUGAGCGUAAACUGCAAAUAUGGUACAAGUUUUAUUGGUGAUAUAUUUGUACAUUGCACUCAAUUUUUUAGUUUUAUUAGAGACUAACUGACAAUUAGAACAAAUAUAUUAUUGCUAGUAUAUACAUCUAUUGACACUUAUUUUUAAUGUUUGACGUUCUUAACGUCUAAGUAUAUUACAGCUUUAUAUUAGAAUGCAAAUAAUGCAUUGUAAUGUGUAGAUGUAGAAUUUUCAUUCCAAUAACUAAAUACACAUAUUUCUGUACGCUAGAAUAUGAAAUAAAUAAACUU